AUGUUUCCAUCCGCCAGCAUCAGCAAUCAAGAGGAGGACAGACAUAUGACUGGCAGCACAACAGGCUCAUGGCUAGGUGCUGGAAUCUAUGUUCCACCAAAGGAUUUUCCAGAAAUGGUUGACGCCAGUACCCGCACUCGGAGCAAGAGCAGCCGAAGCAGAGGCAGUCGACAUAGCAAAGGUAGCAAAGCUAGCAAGGGAAGCAAACGCAACAAUAGCAUAACUCCUGGCGAUGAUAACUUCGACGAGGGAUUUGGUGGUAUCCAGUUCGUAGGCGGGCCUGAAACAAAUGCACUGGCCCUCACAACGCCUCCCAGAGGAGGAGACAUAAAGAAACCACAGAGCCCGUCUCCCACUUCCAUAGUGGAAGAACAGCUUAGGUCCUUGCACGAUUCCUUCGCUAAAACACUGUUUGGAUGCCAAGAAGAUUCAACAGCUGUCGGCAAUGUUGAAGACAAUACCAAGAAGAACAGCACUCGCAUUUAUCCCCGUAAUAAAAGCAACGAAAUACCACGGCAGGAAUUGACUUCGAACUUUUCCAUGUUUCACUCGUUUGGUAAUGCCUGCGCUCCUGAGAUGAUGACUAAAAUGAUAUCAGGAUCAAGCGUUGUGGGCGAGGAAAAGAAGGAUGAUGAACCCAUCCCACUCAAAAAGAAAAGAACCAAGAAGCGCAGUACCAAGGAGAAGGCAAUCAGUAUCCCUGAAACAUCUGAAGUCCUUCAUCCUAUGGACGAACUGAUUGUCAGCGAUUCAAACCCUCAUGAAGUUAGUCGGGGGGUUUCCGAACUUACCAUGCGUUCCAGUUAUGCCCGAGUUCAUGCACCCGUGCCCGCUCAAAGACGCAUGGCCUACUAUGCCGUCGGCAAGCAUAACAAGCAAAACGCUCGUGGUGGCAACCGUAGAUGCUACUUUUCGGGAAAGCUAAUUGUUGGAGACAAUCCAUUCUAUGCGGGAUGUGUCAAGCAAGGCAUGCGCACCUUGGUCGUAUUUUGUUUGCCCAGUGCCCUAGGAUUGCCAAAGCAAGAGAUCAAACCGGAACGAAAACAUUCUUUCGUCAAGAGUAUGAUGUCACGAUCCUCGUCUCGCUUCAGCUCGACCACCUCGACGACCACUUCUGAAUCUGCCGUCUCGGACGGUGACGAUGACGACUUUGAUGUGAACAGCCGGCUAGAUAAGGAUUACUUGUUGGCCGUACUUCCAGAACCAUCGGACGAACUGCUGGUUCUGAUGCAUCAAAAAUAUCCUGGCGACUACCGUACCCUCCCCGAUCAAGUACGUGCGCCGGAUUCUUGGCGCCUCUACAUUCAGUUCUGCUUUUUUUCGGGUCUCCCCAUUGCGGAGGGCGAGUGCUACUACAAGAUCAAGUCCGAAAUCUCCCAAGAUGACUAUGGCGAGAGCAUUGUCCUUUGCCAUGACAUUAUGCUAGCCGUCAAUGGUGCGUCCUCGGAUAUGGUCCGAUUGCCCAACCUCAAGACCUUCCAGUACCUGAAGAAGCAUUAUCCCCAACAGUCCGAAAAACUACCGGCAUCUGUUUUUGAACGAUCGUCUUGGGAAGUUGUCCUUCCAGAGAUAUAG